UCGAUAAAUAGUUCUGUUUCUCCAUACAGUACUACUCGAAACCAACUAGCAAAUUUAUAUAAUCGGUCUGGUUCUGAAAUCUAGCCAGAAUGGGAAACGUGGGUCCUAACCCUAGUGGUUUACAGAUCGAAGCUCUGCUGAGCGUAUCGCCGUCGAAGUUCACAGAGCCACGGAUGGUCCGGCGUGUGUCGUCGUCGUCCUCAGCCACCGAACUCGAUCCUUUGAGAGGCUGCCUUAACCUACUGCUUUACUACAACCAGGCGUGUGAAGAUGACUCUGGCUGGCUUCACGCCGGGUGGAUCAAGGAGUCGCUCGGAAGAGCAUUGUUGGACCAACCUUUGUUCUGUGGACGCCUUAGGCUCCUCCAGAGUACUACUACUCCUACGGAUCAUCACGAUUAUGAGAAACGACUUGAAAUUGUGUCAAACGACGGUGGCAUCAGGCUUAUUGAGGCCAGAAUGCCCUUGACUUUGUCCCAGUUUCUUGACUCCAAGACUAAGGAAGAAGCAGAAACUGAGCUCGUGUUUUGGAAAGAUAUUGAUAGAGAAUAUGCUAAUUUCUGUCCUUUAUUCUAUCUUCAAGUGACUAAUUUUGAGUGUGGAGGAUACUCUUUUGGAAUAAGCUGUAGCCUUCUUCUGGCAGAUCUUUUGUUCAAGGAAAACUUCCUCAAGAGAUGGGCAGAAAUUCACAACAAUAUGAUUUGUUCCUCAAACGACGUCGCAUCUGAUAAGUCACCUAUAUUUUACCUCCCUGCUUUUAAACGAGAUGGAUCAGGAUCUAGUUCAGUCCCCAACGUUUUUUCUACUAAUAGUCCAAGUAAAAAAAGUGGUCAAACUAUGAUCUUCAAUGUUAAAAAUAGUGACAGCGAACCACCAGAUAAUUAUUAUUAUAGUUCUCUUGCGUUGCUUUGUGUUGAGAAAGCAGAGAGCAAGAAUUGUGAGACUAAUAAUAAUAAUAAUAAUAACCAAAUGGAUUUGGAUUACUUCUCCUUGUUCGUGACUGAACCUGAGAAUAAUAUUAAGGUGGAAAAGUGCUCUAAAUUUGGAAUUGUUAAGCCUAAGCCAUUGAGCCUUGAGAGUAAAAAUAAAAUCACUUGCUCGAGUUGGGAUGAAAUUGAAGCCCAUAAGGUUGAAUUUCGUCAAGGGAAUCCUCCUCGUCAUGUUUCGAAUUGGAUUGGUUCGGUUUCAGGUCAAAUUGUCAUAGCUGCGCCAUUCUCAGAAAAUGGUAUUUCUGAAACUAAGAUUAUUGUCACAAUUCCUUAUUAUUAGAGGCAAAUUUAUGUAGUAAAGUGAUGCAUCACUUGCAAUGGGUCAUCCUUAGCAAUUGAUGAAUUAUUGCAAGUACGUAUUUUCAACUGUUAUUCCAUGGAUAUUAUAUUUGAAAUAAUGUAUGAUUUUGUAUUUGUA